AUGAUGUUUGGAAUAUUUUUCAAAUGUUGUUAUCUCCAGCGUAGGAUAUUUAAUGGAUUUGAUGCAAAACCAUUACAGUUUCCAUAUAUUGUGAGUGUUCGAGGAAUAUUUUAUACAUGUGGUGGUGCUCUUUUAUCAGAAAGAUAUGUUUUAACUGCUGGACAUUGUUUGAUGGAUAUUGAUAAGGAUGAAGAUGUGACAGUUAUUUUAGGAGCGUAUAAUUACUAUAACAACAAGGAGUCUGGAAGGCUUCAAAUACGAUCCCACAAUCAUUGGGUUCAUGAAAAUUUUUCAAUGCCUUUUGCUGAAAAUGAUCUCGGUAUCGUUGAGCUUCCAUAUGCUGUCAAUUUCAGUGAUCAAAUUCGCCCCAUAAAGCUAUCAGUUGACAAAAGUAUAGACGCACGAAUAAGCCGUGAUGAUAAAGAGAUAAUUGCUGUAUUGAGUGGUUGGGGAUAUCAGAGUGCAGAUUAUGAACCUGCGGAAAUAUUGCAAACUGCACGUAUGAAACUCAUAUCAUAUGAGGAUUGCAUAAAAUUUCAAAGUCACUUUGUUGAAAAACUUACUAGAAAUCAUAUAUGCGCAAUAGGACGAGACAAUCGACCGGGACAUGCAGUUCUACCAUGCGAUGGUGAUUCCGGAUCUCCACUUAUACUUGAUGAAACUCAAGAGCUUAUAGGGAUUACGAGUUACGUAAAGGAUGCAGAAAAUGGUAUUGCAUUGCAUUACAAUGACUGUAGAACGGAUAUUGCGCCAGCAGUUUUUGUUCGCAUACCAGCAUACUUGAAUUGGAUCAGUGAAAAAACUGGCAUGAAAUUUGAAUAGCGUUUGUUUAUGCUGUCUGUUGAUAACAGACAAUAGAUUUUUGUAGCUUUUGUCAUUUCGUUUCUAUGAUUCACAGCAAUUUUGAAUUUUGCCACUUCUCAUGGUCAUCCGUACAUUUUUAUUGCUGGAACCGUUAUUUUAGUUUGAGC